GACGUGGGGGAGUAGAGCCCCUAGCGUUGGCUUAGCAACUCUAUCAUGCCAAGGGGAACCUAGACGGGAAAUGAUUGUGUUGUGACUACGGCAGUGGAGUGUCUGUACGUUCCUGUCAUUUCCAUAUCGUGUUACGCAGGCUGCGGUUUCAAGACGAUAAUGUAAACUGUGGGAGCGACGACGCACGAUUAGCUAUUUACAGUACGUUUUGGAAAUAGAAUGAUUGUUCAUAUACCGGACAUACUCCAAAUCCCAUCAUGCCAAAUAUGACGCGAACAUGGCAAAGGGGUACAAACAUACGUUGCAGCAGCAGGAGCAACGGUAGCAGGUAAACAAAAAGGCGCAACGCGAUGGGUACAGUUUGGCAGCGGUAAGAAUAUAGAAUUCUAUGUGUGUUCAGAGACGUGAUAAAUUUACACAUCUGCUGUAAUUCAGCUGUUACCGCUUUGAUCUUAUUCAGCUCAAUCUUUCUCUCAGGAUGUUUUACAGUGACGCGUGAUGAUGCGAAUGAAAAGCCACGCAUUUUUUAGUGCUGAGUGCGUAGGUCUAGUCAUUUCUUUCCACGAUCACUGGAGCUGAUUGUUAUUUCUUGAUGCGUUGCGCACGACAUCUUAUAGCUUAUUGACAUGCUCGGGUGUCCGAUGCCCAAGGAGCGCUAUGCGUAAGGCGCAGCACUGCAUGCCCUCAAUAGGCAAGGACAAGCUUUUUUGGACUACAGGCAGGGGGGGAAGCUACUCCUGCUUAUCACUGCGCAAUGGGACCCAUUGUGCAGGAGCAAGCGUCAACAUCGCUCAAAAGGAUUCCAGCUAAAGAGAAACUACGCACGAAAAACGCAGAAAAUGCUGGCGCAGUUAAUUCCAGCUCAAAGAAGGGCAGCAAGGUCAACCCAAAUCAGAGGCCUUCAAAAAGGACAGGAACUUCUGUCAGAAGUGGACAGGACAGGGACUCAGUCGGAAAGUCUGAGAAAGGGUCUCACCAGCAUGGUGCCAGCCGAGCCAAAUCUGAUCUUAGUCCACUAACGGGUAACCACAAAUUUCCAAGACCACAGGCAGAGGGUGAUGUGAAGUCCCAGCAGCAGAGGCGGACACAGGCAUCAGGGCCAGAGGACAGACGCAUCAAGCAAAUCCAGCAGUCAGAAGCGUGCUGCAGCAGCAGCAGCGAGGCGGAAAGGAACCAUGCGGCCCAGGUCAAGAGCCGGCGAGAGCUAUCUCUGCCCCUGGCACCCCAGACCGAGCUGCACCACAAGAUGCUGCAGAAGCAGCAGUGCGCCGCCCUGGAGUCCAUGCACUUGUACGACGCCAAGGAGGACGACACGGACAGUGCCAGUGAUUUAUCCGAUUCGGAGAGGCUGCCAGUGCUGCCCUCGCCCUGCACUCCCCCGCAGCUCAACCUGCGUGCCGAAGUCAUCAAUUCUGCUGACCUGCUUCCCGACAUCCCUGGACCUCACAACAUGGAGGCAGGGGAGGACGACGAUGACCUCAAUGAAGGUAGAAACUUUGACUAUCCCGACUUCCUGCCCCCGCCGUUCAACACGUGGAGCCUGAGGCAGCUGGCCGUCUUUUUGAACACGGAGGGCAAAGGCGCUCCUCGGCCGCGGCCCGUGGGCCAGCUGGAGAAGUUUCUGGAGCGCCUGCUGCAGUUGGAGUGGCACCAGAUCCAGACGGUCCAGGCCGAGAGCGGGGCACGCAUGGCGGCCGCCACCCUGCGCUCCAGGGGUCACCUCGCCGGCCCCGCUUCCUCCCCCAUGAGCUCCGCCGCACGUCCGAGGCCCCACACGGCUCCUCCGACCCGUCUGAACUCCCCCAAGAGUCUACGUCAGAACCAGCAGCGCGGGCUCCCCUUUGCGGUCCUCUCCUCCCUCGGCAGCCCCUCGUCCGCCCAGCUCUCUCGCCCCGUUUGUCCCUACUGCCACAUCCGCUACCCACUGUGUAACGGGACAUGCUACUCGUACGCCUAUCAUCGCCACUCUCGACUCAGCCCCCUUCUGGAGCGCAAGACCCCCACCACUCCUGGCCCCGCUUUUAUGCCCUCGCCCUCUCAGAAGAGGAGCAGCAGCGAGAGCCGCACCGCCACCGCCGAUGGCUUGAAGCAGCCCAACGCCCGCAGCAGCCAGAGAGACCCCGGCAGCCCACAGCCCGGCAAGGGGCACCUGAGGCACAUGCAGGCCACGGGCAACAUGCGACGGGCGUCGCAAGACUCCGGCAGCAACGGGAAGCACGCCUCAAGCAGGAAAGGCCGAGGUAAGGGGCCGGAGCAGGAUAGGCACAGGGACGGUUACUCCGGAACAAGAAGCGCUCCGCGCACACCCCCGGCCAGCAAGCAGGAGGUGAGUCUGGGGAAGAGGUGUGAGAGAGACAGGCAGGUGAGCGAGGUGGGGUGGGCUAAGCCUGGCGUGAGAAGACCAGAGAACUGCCCACCUACCAAGAAGCUGUCAGCAUCACGACCCAGUGGCAAAGGGAAGAGUGAGCAGUGUCUUGUCAAAUGAUCUCAACACGCAUUUCGAAGCCUUCAUGUAGUGCAAAAUGCAUUCCAUCGUUUUGUUUAGUUUUGAAUGAUAAUUUUAAGAUGCACUAUGAACAGUUCUAUUGGUUUGCUGAUUUUUUUUCCUGCCCUUAGGUUAAAAGAUACCAUGUUCAGUGAAGGAAAUCGUUUUUUUAUUAUGUUUUUUUAUUAUUUAAUUGUAAGCCUUCAUAGCAUUGUAAGGAUUGUAUUAUUAUGGAUUGUAAGGUUUUUAUUAUAUUGUUUUAUAAGAUGAGGAAUGUUUUCUUUCAGUCAUACUUAGGCUUGUUACACCCAUAUUUUAAGGGCUUUUUAUCUGUCUUGUUUACUUUUGAUUUGUAAAGCUGGUUAUGCUCUUCAGUAUGUAGAUGAGUCAAGCUGAUGUCCCAAAUGUAUAUUUUAGGAUUUUCUACAUCCCAAGUCUAUUUAUGAUAAACAAUGGUAUAUUUAUACCAGCUAAGAGGACCUGGUCACGACUGCAGAUGUGAACAUGAUUGCAGCUACUGAUAUAUGUAUAUUUUUCUGUAUUUGUUCUAGUGUGUGGUAAGUAAAUUGUGAUAAAACAAAUGGUUUUCCCAUAAAAAAACAAUAUAUUUUGCUCUUAGACUAGUUGUACAUACUACUUACAGAAUGCCAGUUAAAAAAAAAAACUGGAAAAAUACCUGCACUAAAGUACAUUUCUCAUUUCAAAAGUGAUGACACUCAAUAAGACAUAGUUGCCCAUUUGUUUAAGCAUGCACAUGUUUUUGUAAGGGCAGUGUAUUACUGCUGUACCUAGUAUUUGAUUGUUAAGGUCAUUUUUUAUUAGAAAAUACAGGACACAUGCUGUUGGAGUAACAUUGAUUAGUACUGUCUGGACGAGGUGUAACAUUUUAAUGAAUUGAAGCAUAUUAUUACAGCAAUCGUAAUGUACAUGUAUCGUAGGUUUGUCAACCCCUAUCAGGGAAAUCAGACAUCUCCAUGGUCAUCUGUGUGGCUGACAAUAGUGCAAUUAUACCUCUGCCAUCUUCAUCUAGGACUGUGAAUGCAAACUAUUUUUUUAAGCAGUAAAAUAAAGCAAUUC